UAUUAUUAUAUUUGUUUAUAAAGAAGAAGAACUUCAUUUACUUUGACAUUUUACAUAUGAAGACUUUUGGUUGACUAGUUAAGAAUACUACAUUUAAAAAAAUCUGUUUGUCAUAAUAUUAAAGGAUUAAUAAUAUGUUAAACAAAGUCUAAAUACAGUUUUUAUACAUAGAUAAAAAAUAUUACCUUUUAUUUUAGGUUAAACACCCAACUGACCCACUGUGACCUGAAAACUGACUCACUGUAUACACUAUAUAGGACACAGUGGAUCAAAAGCCAUUUUUUAAAAAAAUAUAUAUUUUUCAAAAACUAUUAAGUAUAAUACAUAUAUUUGUAUACCGAAACGCAGCCAAUUAGUCUACCUUUCUUCCACUAAAGUUUGACAUCGAUAGCUUUUAUGGUUUUUGAGAUAUAUGACUCGGAAAAAAGGGUGACCCACUGUUCCCACAAUCACCCUACAUUUAAUAUAAUUAAAUGGGUGUUUAUUUUAUGUUUAAAAUAAAUAUUUUUGAGGUUAAAGUUAAUUUAAAAUAAAACAUCUCUAAUGUAAUAUAUAUUUAGUUUUUACAUAUUAGGACUGUUAAUGUUAAAUAAACCGUACAAAUCACAUAUCAAAAAAACAAAAAGUCGAAAAUUGUCACCGAGUCUAAAAAAGUCAAAGGAGUCCUAUUGUUGAUGCACUACGUGAAGUGAACUGUGAAGUGUUGCAUGAGUUCUGUGGUAGACGAAGAGUUUCCCUACUGGUGGUAAAUUUAUUAAUAUUAACUGCCCCUAAGUGUCCCCCGAGUCGUUUAUGUGGUGUAGUAGAGCUGACUGCAGUGAGCGCUAAAAGCAGAGCAGUACCUAUCAGUUGAGGACUAUUGUAUUCGUGACGACGCACCAAUAAUGCGGUGCUGCGUGCCUUUCUGCGAAAAUACUUUCGACAAUAUGUCAACAUCUGAGAGAACAGGAAUCACCUUUCAUGGAUUACCCAGUGAAGGCAAUCUCCGUACUGCUUGGCUCAGAGCCCUCAGCACACAAGACCAUCACCUGCCCGACCCUGCUGUGGUCUGCUCCCAGCACUUCCUAGAUGAUGACUUUUAUACAACAGAGAGUUGUGUGCGGCAGAUUCACUCUAAUGCAGUUCCUUCGAUAGUGCAGAUGUGCAUGAUAUGCCUGGACUCUGACAGCAAGCUGUCUCUAAUGAGUAAACACAAGUUGGAGGAGGCAUAUGAACAGCUGACUGGACUGUCUUUGUUUCAGUUGUGUCGUCGAGGAAACCUAAAGCAAACGCUCUGUGUGAUGUGUGCUCAGAGAUUGAUCAACUUCAGCAGAUUUAGAGACUUGAGCUUGAGAGCCCAUUCACUGCUGACGGACUCAGUUGAACAACGUGCAUCAAAUACUAUACAACACAAAGAAUUGAUGAACUGCACAAGUGCACAUCUGAAGUGUAAUUUGACACAAACAACAUUAGGAGCUAACCAUUGUGACUUGUACAUAGAUCACACUGAUGGAGAGGAAUCUGUAGUGGGAGAUGUUGCAACAGUUGUGGUGAAGAAUGAAAACAGUUCCGACUCCAUGUCGAGUGCUGAUAACUUGGAAUUGGCACAAGAAGAUGACAAUCACAUAGACAAUUCCAACAAUGAGUGUGCAUCUGAUGAUGAAUACUCUGACAUGAGCAUAGAGUUGGAGUCUAGGCUACUGGAUGAAGCUAUAAGUCAAGCUCUUCGUAGGAAAGCAGACCAUGUGGCCGCAACACAGAGUUCCAUAAAGAGUGAAAGUGAUAUCUUCCAAUGUGAAUUUUGUUUUGAGGACUUUGUGCAAGAACUUGCAUACAAGGAACAUAAGAGCAAGCAUCUCCAGAGUGCUGCCAGCGGUGCUGCUCGUGCAGCUGUGAGCCGCAGCUGUGACUCACUCGUGCUGCAGGACAAGUCAGUAUACAACGACACUGCAUGUGCUGCAUCACAAGUGUGCGAGCCUCGUGCAGCUGUGAGCUGCAGCUGUGACUCACUCGUGCUGCAGAACAAAACAGGAAGUCUGAGGCUGAAUGAUGACCCUCCCCCGUCUGCAGACUGCGCUCAGGCUUUAGUGGCUCCACUGUCCGCGAGACUUGCGGCAAACAACGAUAACAAAGUGCAGGCAACUGAAGAAGCAGGUGCGAUCCAGAAAAGCGAACAAAUCCUUGAAACUAACAUUGACGAACUGGACAAGCGAUCAUCUCAGAGCGGCACCAAACCGUACACAGAUAUAAAUAGAUUCACAAAUUGUGUAGUCCAGUUAUACGACAUAUUCAAGAAACCCAAACAAGCUGUACUAGAUGAGAAACCACGCGUGAGAAUCCACACUGCUGCCAAGCCUUACUCUUGUCAGAUAUUGAACUAUAAAUGUGCACCAACAAGUCGAAAAUUGAAACACAAGAUGACCCACCGUGGGGAAAAGCCAUUUUCUUGUGAGAUAUGCAAUUACAAAUGUGCUCGAAAAUGGGUUUUAUUACAGCAUAUUAAAACCCACACUGGGGAAAAGGCAUUUUCUUGUGAGAUAUGCAAAUACAAAUGUGCGCGAAAAAGUUACUUAUUACAGCAUAUUAAAACCCACACUGGUGAAAAGCCAUACUCUUGUGAUAUAUGCAAUUACAAAUUUGCGCAACAAAAUAACUUAUUACAGCAUAUUAAAACCCACACUGGGGAAAAGCCAUUUUUCUGUGAUAUAUGCAAUUACAAAUGUGCUCGAAAAUGGGUUUUAUUACAGCAUAUUAAAACCCACACUGGGGAAAAGGCAUUUUCUUGUGAGAUAUGCAAUUACAAAUGUGCGCGAAAUUCUCAAUUACUACAGCAUAUGACAAAUCACACUGGUGAAAAGCCAUUUUUUUGUGAGAUAUGCAAUUACAAAUGUGCUCAAAAAAGUCAUUUAUUACGGCAUAUUAAAACCCAUACUGGUGAAAAGCCAUUUUUUUGUGAGAUAUGCAAUUACAAAUGUGCUCAAAAAAGUCAUUUAUUACGGCAUAUUAAAACCCACACUGGGGAAAAGCCAUUUUCUUGUGAGAUAUGCAAUUAUAAAUGUGCUCGAAAAAGUCAUUUAUUACGGCAUAUUAAAACCCACACUGGGGAAAAGCCAUUUUCCUGUGAGAUAUGCAAUUAUAAAUGUGUGCAAAAAAGUCAUUUAUUACGGCAUAUUAAAACCCACACUGGGGAAAAGCCAUUUUCCUGCGAGAUAUGCAAUUAUAAAUGUGUGCAAAAAAAUCAUUUAUCACAGCAUAUUAAAACCCACACUGGUGAAAAACCAUUUUCUUGUGAGAAAUGUAAUUUUAAAUGUGCUCGAAAAAGUCAUUUAUUACGGCAUAUUAAAACCCACACUGGGGAAAAGCCAUUUUCUUGUGAGAUAUGCAAUUAUAAAUGUGAGCAAAAAAGUCAUUUAUCACAGCAUAUUAAAACCCACACUGGUGAAAAACCAUUUUCUUGUGAGAAAUGUAAUUUUAAAUUUGCGCGAAAAAGUGAGUUUUUACUGCAUAUAGGAACCCACGAUAACAAUUGUAAGAAAUAACAGUCACAUGUGCGUGAGAUGUGCAUGUCGGCGUACUCGGCAACAAGAACAAAGCUAAGCUCCAUACACCUGCCAUAUUAAUACAUAUUAACAUGGAUUAAUAUUUCAACCUCAAUUCUCUUCAAAGUAAAUCAUAUCCACUGAGACGAAUAUCUUAGCAUUCCAUGGAUUCACCGUGCAGGUGCCGGGUCCAUCGCGUGGUUGAGAGAAAAACUUCAAGCAGAGUCCCGGACUUGUAACUAGAGGAUGUAGGGUUAAGGAAUUCGUUGACGAUCGAUCAACACUCCCUGUUCUCUGCUCGUGUUGUUCUCCCUGCCGCCAAAUUUGGUAAGAUCCUAUUAGAGCAGCUUUGGACACUCGUUCUAAUAUAGAACUAGCUGCACCUCUAGAGAGGCCUAAGUCUUUAAGCAAGUUAUUGAGAGAUUUUGCUGGUAGGUAAUCCUCUCGCACCUACUUCUACGAGUAUGUAUAGCCAUUUUUUUUUACUUUACCAAAAAGAAAAUUUUGGUUAUAAUUUUUAUAAAAAAAUAAUAUAAUAUAUUACUUAUUAAAAAUAUCUUUAUAAUAAUUUUCUUUUUAAAAUUGUACCUUUUGUGUUAUAAUAAAUAUUAUCUUUAAUAAUAAAGCAUUGGUAUCUUUAUACAUGUUUAUAAAUAUGCUUCUGCUGUUUAGUUUCUUAACAUAAUUAUGUUGGUUAACCUUAACUAAGGUUGCCUGUAACAGAUCUCUACUAUGCGAUAAGGCCGCCUUUUUGUAAAGAUUUUUCGAUGUUUUAUUUGUAUUUCAAAUUUUGUGGUUUACAUUAAAAAUAUUAAUUUGAUAUCAACUAAAAAUAUAAAUUAAAAAAUCAUGAUAUACUUAGCUUACAUUUAUAUCUCAGUUCAAAAGCAUCUUUAUGUAAAAGAUGUCCCGUAAUUAAUGGAUAAAAGGCAAACGGUAGAUACACUAAUUCGUUUGUUAUCAACCCAUAUUCGGCUCACUGCUGAGCUGGAGUCUCCUAUCAGAAUGAGAAAGGUUAGGCCAAUACUCCACCACGCUGACCCAAUGCGGAUUGGCAGACUUCACACACGCAGAGAAUUAAGAAAAUUCUCUGGUAUGCAGGUUUCCUCACGAUGUUUUCCUUCACCGUUUGAGACACGUGAUAUUUAAUUUGUUAAAAUGCACACAACUGAAAAGUUGGGAGGUGCAUGCUCCGGACUGUAUUCAAACCCGGAAACUCCGGAAUUGGAGGCAGAGUUCAUAUCCACUGGGCUACAAUACAACAAUAUCCAAUGAUAGCUAUCCUAGUUCGCAAUCAAUACAAUAAUUAUCUUAGAUUGCAAGUUUCAAUAUUUUAGUAGGAAUGUACAGGAUUAAAAUUAUUGUUACAAUUUCUUAAUUUUUUGUAGAAGAGAAAGAUUUUGGGUGAAAUUUGCCACCCCCUAGAAUCUGCCGCCCCAGGCUCCAGCCUACUGGUAAAAUCACCACUGGUUUUUAUGGUUUUCCUGGCAAUUAUUCGGAUUUUUCUCACCUUUUAAACCUUCCCUAUACCUCCAUGAAAAUUUCAAAACCAAGAUAAGAUAAAUCCUGAGAUAAAUCCGUUCAGCUGUUCUCAAGCAGCAAGACUAACAAACAACAAUUAAUUUUUAUAUAUAUAGAAGAAUGUGGAAAAAUUAAUAAACAAUGUAAAACAA